AUGGAUAUGGGUGCUACGCCGCCACCGAAAAGGACUCCAUUAUUGAGUUCUCCUACGUCUUCUGCAGUUCCAGAUCGUUCGCUUUCUGGGUCAAGAGAAUCGAAUGAAAAUGAGCAACCACUUAACCAGAAACCCAUGACUAAGAAUUUCAUGUCACCCACCAUAUCUGCAGCUUCCAAAGCUUCAAUUCCAAUUAGGAAGAAAAUUUUGGCAGAAAGAAACGAACUUUCCACCACCUGUGAAACAUUUCCUCACAAAGCCUCAAAUGUUGGGUCUAAGACCAGUUCCCUAAAUUCGACCUCACAUCGUUCUGGAAAAUUACCUAUUGCUUCCUACAGUUAUGCCUCUGAAUCUGAGAAUGAUCAAGAAAACAACUCUGUUGUUGAUUCCUCAUAUAAGCCAUAUGACCCUCUUACUAAUGACCUCGGCCCUAGACCGAAGUAUCUCCGUUACCAGCCAAAUAGGCGUCGUGGGACCUUUCUUGAUCCCCAGAAAUCUGAUGAUGAUCAAGUGUCAUUGCAGCAAACUCAAGAUCCCUUAAAUCUUCCUGAAAAACAUAACCUGGAGCCGGAGAAUGAUGAAGAUGUGGUGGAGGAUAGUGUUGAGGAUGAUGAAGAAGAAAUGGAAGAGGAUGUGGACCGGGAAUGGAGUUUGAAAGGGGUCUUCAAGAUUCUGCUUUUAUUGGUUGUUUUCUUUCUGUCAGGCUCAAAUUUAUCAUCCAUGGACUCUGUGGUGAGUUCAGGUUCUGGUGUUGUGAUUCGGAAGAACAUCUUUGAAGCUGUUUUCUAUGAAAUUUACGGGAGUGAGAGCGCAUAUGUGGAUCAGCCAGAGUAUUUUCAAAGUGGUUUUCUGGAAUUGAGUCAAAGAGAAACUAAUGAUGAACUUAAGGCAGUCGAAAUUGUUGAAGAUACUGUGGAGUUGUUGGAAGUGGGAAGUGCUGAAAUGGAGGAAACAACUGAGUCACAGGAAGGACUGAGUGCGGAUAUUGAUAUUGAUCAGGACAACACGGAGGUCGAAGUUACUUGUAGUGUUGUACAUGGUGAUGAAGAGGAGGAAACCAUGUCAACAGCUGCUGAUGAAGUUACUAUUUCCAAUGAAGUGGAUGAGGAAGAAGUUGGUGGUUUUGAUGAGCAGCAGCUACAAGAGAACCUUGAAGUAUUGCUUGAUGACAUUUCAAGCUCCAAAUUUGAGCUAGCAGAAGUUGACAACAACGUUGAGCAGGUCGAAAAAACCUCACAGGAACAAACUGGAGAAGUAGAAAUACCGGAGAUAGUACCAGAAGGAACUGAAGAAAUUGAAACAGAACUUGAAAUCAGCAAUCUUGACACUGAAAUAGAGUCAGAGAAUGCUGAAGGCAAAGAAAAUGGACUCAGUAACGCUGUAAUUGUCAUCGUUGGAGUUUCAGCAGCUUCAGCGCUUUUGGUUGCCUCUAUGGCUAUCAUCUAUGUUACAAGGAAACCAAAUGCUUCUAUCGAAACUCCUCAAGCUGAAAUACUCAACAACUCAGCUAUUGCUAGUGUUGAAGGAGAACUCUUAGAGAAGAAAACUGAAACUUCUGUAAAGGUUUCAUCUUUACAAGAACCAGUGAAUUAUCCCUCCGAAAAUCGCAGGAACUCUCACCUUGAGAGUACACCUGCCAUUGGAUCCAUUACACAAGCUUCAUCUUUGUGUGGACCAACGAAAGAAGCAUCGAAAGAAAUCAGCCACUUCAGUGCACCAAAGAUUGAACUACUAGGUGAAAUGAUGGUUGGAGAAGUCAGCAGCUCCCUUAGAAGCUGUGUUAGGAAAAACAACAUGAUUGAAGCAGAAGGUAGCAACACUAAUAUAUCUAAAGGUGUUGUUUUACCUCCUGCUCAACCAACAGAUUCUCCAUCAUAUGGAAGCUUCACAGCUGAAAACAAGAUCUUGAAGAAAAAGGUGGAGAAAGAUGGAGAAGAGAUCAAGAAGGUGAUGUUGACAACCCCAGUUAGGAGAUCAAGUCGAAUUCGAGAUCGUAUUGGCAUGUCCCCUUGAAUGAAUUAUUUACUGUAGGAGUUUUUCGUUUGUUUUAGUGGAAACAGCAUCUCUGUUGUUUCAUAUUCUUUGAUCUUCUUACAGAUCAAAUUCUAG